UUUUCUCCUUCAGUGAGUCUUGCUCCUUCAUCUUUUCUCAGCUCCUCUUCAUCAUGGGUUUCGGUGACCUGAAAUCAGCCUCCGGUCUGAAAGUUCUGAACGACUUCCUGUUGGACCGCAGCUACAUCGAAGGGUUUGUCCCGUCCCAGGCUGAUGUAGCAGUUUUCGAGGUCCUGUCAGCACCRCCCUCAGCUGAUCUGUGUCAUGCCCUCCGCUGGUACAACCACAUCAAGUCCUACCGGGACCAGAAGAGUCUUCCAGGUGUGAAGAAACCUCUGGGUCAGUACGGACCUGCAGGUGUGGCCGACACCACCUCGGGCUCCGCCGCUGCCGCCUCCAAGGACGACGAGGAUGACGACGACAUUGACCUGUUUGGCUCUGAUGAGGAGGAAGACGCAGAGGCCACCAAGCUGAAGGAGCAGCGUCUGGCAGAGUACGCUGCCAAGAAGGCCAAAAAGCCCGCACUCAUCGCCAAGUCUUCGCUCUUGUUGGACGUGAAGCCGUGGGAUGACGAGACGGACAUGGCCAAGCUGGAGGAGUGCGUGCGCAGCAUCGAAAUGGACGGCCUGGUCUGGGGACAAUCCAAACUGGUGCCAGUGGGAUACGGCAUCAAGAAACUUCAGAUCAGCUGUGUGGUWGAGGACGACAAGGUGGGUACAGACAUCUUGGAGGAGAAGAUUACCGCCUUCGAAGACUUUGUUCAGUCGAUGGACGUCGCAGCUUUCAACAAGAUCUAAAAGCACCAAUUAAUAAAAGCACUAUUGAAACAAUUUGUUUUAUAAA